AUGAGCAGAAGACCUGGACCACCGUCAAUUGAUGGCUUAUACUCUCUCAAGAUUGAUAAUAUAUCAUAUCAAACGGCACCACAAGAUUUACGUCGUUUGUUCGAGAAAUACGGUGAAAUAGGUGAUAUUCACAUUCCUCGUGAUCGUUACACCAAGCAAAGCAAAGGAUUUGGUUUCGUACGCUUUUAUAGUCGACGAGAUGCAGAAUAUGCAAUGGAUCGUAUGGAUGGACGAUGGGUCGAUGGCCGUGAGAUCCGUGUUGCCAUGGCACGUUAUGAGCGCCCAAUCGAUGAACGUAGCCGUAAUGGUGGUAGUAGCGGUUACAGAAGUAGUCGACGUUCGCGGUCACGUUCGCGUUCACGCUCACCACGACGUCGACGUUCCUCAACACGAAGUCGUAGUGGUUCGCGAUACAAUGGAAGACGUUCGGCUUCACGCGGUCGAAGUGUUUCACGUGACAGAUCACCAGUGUCUCGAAGAUCUGCAAAUUCAAGCAGCCCACCAGCAAGAAAUUCUCGAAGCCCACCGCCUCGUGAUUCUCGCAGUCCUGUAGCGCGUGAGCGUGAUCGAGAUAAACCUGAUGAUGCAUCAAAUGGAAAUGAUACUAAUUAUUGA